UGUAGCCAAAUUCUCUACAAGUUCAAAAGUACAAAGCUCUUUAGGAGGCUUGCUCUUUUUAAAUAUUUUUUCAGAGGUUAAAAAUUAAAUUUGAAAAGAAUAUCUGGGGUGGAGAAGUAUCCACAGUAGAGACGCAGACCCUGAAGUUCUCCAACAUGAAGCUUGCUCAUGUUAUUCUGUUGCUUUUGUGCUUCUACUUAAGUUUUUGCAAGGUCACGUCAACAUCAGACACAUCUCAUGAGGAUCUGGUGGAGAAACAGUGCUUAACCGAAAAAUACACACAUCUCUCCUGCCAUAAAGUCUUCUGCCAGCCAUGGCAGAAAUGCAUCGAAGGAAAAUGCAUUUGUAAACUCCCUUAUCAGUGCCCAAAGAAUGGGACAACAGUGUGUUCAACCAACGGGAAAAGCUACCCGACUUACUGUCAGCAAAAGAGUUUGGAAUGUAUUCAACCAAAGGCAAAGUUUUUAAAUAUUGGAGCAUGUACACCUUCAGGUCAAUUUUAUGUUUCCUUGAAGUAUGGAAAUAACGAUUCAGAGGGAAUUGUUGAAGUAAAACUUGCAGACCAAGAUAAGAAAAUGUUCAUAUGUGAUAACAACUGGAGCAUGACACAGGCCAACGUGGCCUGCCUUGACCUUGGAUUUCAACAAGGUGCUCUUGAUACUCAAGGAGAGUUUCACUUUCCUGAAGAUCACCAUAUGAAUGACACUGAUUGUUUGCAUGUGCAUUGUCGAGGAUCAGAGACCAGUUUGACUGAAUGUACUUUUACUAAGAGAAGAACUGAAAGUUAUCAGGGUUUAGCUAGAGUGGUGUGUUACACCCAGAAUGCAGUUUCUCCAACAAAGGACUCCUUUCAGUGUGUGAAUGGGAAAUACAUUCCUCAAGAGAAAGCCUGUGAUGGGAUCAAUCACUGCGUAGACCAAAGUGAUGAGCUGUGCUGCAAAGGGUGCCGAGGCGACAGUUUCCUUUGUAAAUCGGGUGUUUGUAUUCCAAACAAGUAUAGAUGCAAUGGUGAGGUGGACUGCAUUACCGGAGAAGAUGAAAGUGAUUGUGAAGAAGUUGGAUAUCCUGAAAUUAAAGAAGAAACAGAAAUGUUGACUGCUAAUAUGGAUGCAGAAAGAAAACGAAUAAAGUCAUUCUUCCCUAAACUAUCCUGUGGAGUUAAAAACAGCACGCCUGUUCGAAGGAAAAGAGUAGUAGGAGGGAUGCCAGCCCAAGUGGGAGACUUCCCAUGGCAGGUGGCCAUUAAAGAUGAUGGGAAAAUCAACUGUGGAGGAGUUUAUAUUGGUGGCUGUUGGAUCCUGACUGCUGCACAUUGCGUCAGAGCCAGUAAAGCUCACCGUUACCAAAUAUGGACAUCAUUAAUAGACUGGAUAAAACUUAACUCUGAGAUAGUCAUUCAGAGGGUCAAUAAGGUUAUUGUCCACGAAAACUACAACAGAGGCACCCAACAAAAUGACAUAGCUUUGAUUGAAAUGAAAAAGCCCUCAAACCGAAGAGAAUGUAUGCUGCCUAAUUCCGUCCCUGCCUGUGUCCCAUGGUCUCCAUAUUUAUUCCAUCCUAAUGAUACAUGCAUCGUUUCUGGCUGGGGUCGAGAAAAAGCUAACCAAAAAGUCUAUGCACUUAAGUGGGGUAAAGUUCACCUAAAAGCCAACUGCUCUAAGUUUUACCCAGGUCGCUAUUUUGAAAAAGAGAUGGAAUGUGCAGGUACAGAUGACGGUUCCAUCGAUGCCUGUCAAGGAGACUCUGGCGGCCCCUUGGUCUGUAAGGAUGCCAAUAACGUGACUUAUGUGUGGGGUGUUGUGAGUUGGGGUGAAAACUGUGGAGACCCAGAGUUCCCAGGCAUUUACACCAAAGUGGCCAAUUAUUUUGACUGGAUUAGCCACCAUGUGGGAAGGUCUCUUAUUUCUCAGCACAAUGUAUAAAAUUGUGAUCUCUCUCUUCUUUCUACUCUUUUUCUCCCAGGAAUUCCACUUUAAUUUAAAUGAUACUGCCUAAUUAGUAGUACUUCUCUAGGAAAAAAAAUUAAGCAAAUUUUAUUGGAUAUUCUUAAAGGUCUCUACAAAGUUUAUGCUAUACUGGAAUUUUUCUGUAUAAUUCUCAAAUAAAUAUUUUAGUCAAGUACA